AUGGCUACUAUCGAGAAGGAUGGUCUCGCCGAUGUCAAACUCGAAUACACAGAAGACCUUGAAAAGACGAACACCACCUGGGAUGAUAGACCAACUGUCGAUCCCGAACUGGAUAGACGCAUCACACGGAAGUUCGACACCCAUGUUGUUCCAUGGUUAUUCGGUCUCUGGCUGUUGGCCUUUAUCGAUCGUAGUAACAUCGGAAAUGCCAAAAUCGACGGUCUUGUCACAGACCUCAAACUUACUGGCAACAAGUUCAACAUAGCACUCGCCGUGUUCUAUGUUCCUUACAUAUGCGUAGAUGUGCCUAGUAAUCUAAUUUUGAAGUACAUGCGAGCUGGCUACUACCUACCCUCCCUCAUCAUCGGAUGGGGCCUGGUAGGAAUGUGUAUGGGCUUCGUAAAGAGCUACACUGGACUUAUAGUCACCCGCUUCUUCCUUGGCCUGAUGGAAGGCGGCCUUCUGGGCGGAAUGAUCAUAUACCUUGCAAUGUUCUACAGGCGUCACCAGCUGAUGUUCAGGAUUGGUCUUUUCUACGUAGCGGCUCCAUUAAGUGGAGCUUUCGGUGGAUUACUAGCUACUGGUCUUGCUAAGAUACACACUGGUGGGUAUAACGGAUGGCCUUUCAUCUUCUUCAUUGAGGGAGGCAUCACGGUCCUUUUCGGCAUUCUCACCAUAUUUUUCCUGCCACACACGCCUGCCGAGUCAAAGUUCUUGACUGAAGAGGAAAAGGCCGGUGCUGCUCUCCGUAUGCAUUUGGACUCACAUGGCUCUGAUACCGCAGAGGAUGUGAGGAACGAGAAAUUCAACUGGCACUGGGUCCGAAUGGCAUUCCUGAACUGGAAUACUAUCCUCCUCUCGUUGAACUUCUUCGCCAUCAUCACGCCCAUCUACUCGUAUUCGUUAUUCUUGCCCACUAUUAUUAAGAGUCUCGGCUACAAGGCUGUCCACGCUCAACUGCUUACGGUCCCGCCCAAUAUUGGCGCAGCCUGCAGCGUCUUGCUUGUCACAUGGCUAUCCGAUAAAUACCGUAUGAGAGGACCUUUCAUGUUGGCUGGAUGCACUGUCGCAGUGGGCGGAUAUAUCAUGCUCAUUUCCAGCAACCACCACAUGAUCCAGUACGGCGGUACCUUCCUGGUCGCUGCGGGAGUAUUCCCUUGCAGUCCUCUGGUCAUGGGAUGGUUGGCCAACAACCUUGCUCCCCACUAUGUUCGUGCAACCGGAACGGGUGCUCAGAUCAUGAUUGCAAAUUGCGCUGCUUUCAUUGCAACCUUUACAUACCUUCCCGCAGAUGCUCCCCGAUUCAUCACCGGUCAUGCUAUCAAUAUUGGCACGCUGUGCUUGUCACUGAUUAUCACUUCUUGGUUGCUGAUCUACGUUAGCUGGGAGAACAAGAAGAGAGCCAAGGGUGGUCGCGACUAUAGACUUACAGAUGGCGAUGAGUCGAUGCUUGGUUACAAGCAUCCUUCGUUCCGUUACACCCUCUAG